AGCCACACAUCAAGCAAUGAUAUACACAGUCACAAACUAAAUGCUUGAGUCCAUCAUAAUAAAUCCUGAAAACUUUUACAAUUCACCACUUUGGCUGAAAGUGAUUCAGAAAUUUCUUAUUAGUAGUAACAGUCAUUUUACCAUGAGAUGUAAAUGUAAACUUAGUAUUAUUAUUAUUAUUAUUAUUAUUAUUAUUAUUAUUAUUAUUAUUACUACUACUAACCCAGUAUGAAUAUUUGCUGCUUUUAAAACAGAGUAUUAACAUCUUAACAUCCAUUUCAACACCCAUGCAUCUAGUAAGUAGUAGUAGUAAUAAUAAUAAUAAUAAUAAUAACAAUAAUAAUAAUAAUAAUAGUCAAGUCUUGUGGGUUUUACUGUAAUUCCUCUAUAUAGCUUGUAUACACUGGAAUGAAGUGUAUACAACACAUAACAGUACACAAGACUACAAAAAGUUCAAAUAAACAGUGUGAGACAAUUGCAGGACAAUAAAUACACAGAACAACACACACACAGGACAACAGAACAGUGCUGUGUGGGAAAGCUAUUGCACAAUGGACUGUAAACUAUUGUGUAGUGUAGCAGCAAUAAUAAUAAUAAUAAUAACAACAUAAAAUGCCUUCUCGAGUACUCAUCAACACUGCUUUAUCCUGGUCAGGGUUGUGGUAGAUCCAGAGUCUAUCUCAGGACACUGAGUGUGAAGCAGGAAUAUAUCAGGGCAUCAUACACAUCCAUUCAUACACAUAUUCACCCCUAGGGGCAAUUUAGAGUUGCCAGUCCACCAACCGGCAUGUUUCUGAUCCAUCUAAUUACCCAGAAACAUCAGACACAGACAUAAGAUUUAUUUUUCACCCACAUUGAAGUCAGCAUUGAAGAGAUAUAUAUGUUUCUUCAUUUCUGCAGCUAAAGAACGGAGCAACUGCAAUCUGUUCAGCUGAACUUUUGGUUCAAAAGGAUUUAAUUACAUUGAAUUCAAAGUCAAAGUAAAGAUCAGUUUGGAAUGAAAAAUAACACAAAAGUCUAAAAGCAUGAUAAAAAAAAUAUACAGUAACUAAUAAUAUUAACUCAGUAAUUAAAUAUAUAACCACAGAGCCUCAUAUAGUUUGGCUGAUUGACAGAUGUAAUAACGUUCAAUUUAACACCUCAAUUCUUUCAUUUAUUGUGUAAGAAAAGUCUUUUGAAAGAAUUUUUUUCUAGUCAUUUUUUUCUGUUCUUUCAGUUAAUAAUUGAUGGAGCUGUUCUGCAGAAUAACACUCUCUUUCCUCAUAAAGCAUCUUCAUCACAUAUCCUGAUGUAAUACAUAUUCUUAACUAGAUAUUUUUACUCUAAAGAAUUUAUCCUCUUAGGGUCUUUCACAUUUCCACUCCAGUAACUACACGGAAAAGCAUGCAAAGUGAUGAAGCUGCUAUUAUAGCUAUUAUAUAAUGAAAGUAAAGACUGCACGUGUGGUUCUUGAGUUUAAAGAGCUUUCUGUAAGUGAUAAAGCUGCCUCAGAGCCAUGCAGGAUCACGAGAAUGUUUUAUGCUCAGAGUCACGGCUUUGGAGACGAAAUGUAACUUUGAUCCUCCUCCCACUCGGAGUGACACAUUGAUGAGCGGCUGUGUGCGAGUGUGUGUGUGAGAGAGAGAAUGUUUUAAAAAAUGAAGGAGCUAGAAGUGGGCGUGUCAGAAGGAGAGGGGGGGUAUAGAGGGAUAAAGUCAGAGAAAGCAAGAGGAAAGGGAAGCAGAGAGAGAGAGAGAGAGAGAGAGAGAGAGAGAGAGAGUUGGUCUGAUUUGUUUGGUGAUCAGAGCCAAUAGAAAUCCUGCGGUUUGAUAAGAUCCACAUGCGGGUGACGGAGAAGAGCCAGAAACAAGAGUUCAAACACAGCGGGGAGAGAGAGAGAGAGACAGAGAGAGAGAGAGACAGAGGGGAGAAGAGUGACUCAGAGAGACAGAUAGAAAAGCUCCAUCCUACUGAGCAGGACAGAAAGCGUGCAGAACAACACUUGUGAAGUUCUCCUCAAACUUCUGGAGACACAGAGGCAUCACUUCAGUGACGCGUUCUGAUCCUGACAAAUCCUCCUUCUUCCAUGGGCAUCAGAGCAGCCUUCAGUCCACGACCCACCAAUACACCAGCACUCUCUCCCUAACCACUGCCGGAAUACACACACACACACGCACACACACACACACGCACGCUGAGAACUGGACCACUGCAGACGAGAGGAUGUGCUGUAAGCUGCUGUUUUGGGUUCUCCUGGCCGGUGUGCUGUGUGCUGCGUCUGAGAGUCGCAAGAAUCGCCCACAAGGCUCAAUCCCAUCACCGUACAAAACCAGCUCGAACACAUCUGAUCGCCGUGGCCGGAAACAGGAAGUGCUGGCCUCCAGUCAGGAAGCCCUGGUGGUGACGGAGAGGAAGUACCUGAAGAGCGACUGGUGCAAGACGCAGCCUCUGCGGCAAACCGUGAACCACGAGGGCUGCCUGAGCCGCACGGUAAUCAACCGCUUCUGCUACGGCCAGUGCAACUCCUUCUACAUCCCACGGCACGUGAAGAAGGAGCAGGAAUCAUUCCAGUCGUGCGCCUUUUGCCGGCCGCACCGCUUCACUACGCUCACUGUGGAGCUGGACUGCCCUGACCUGCAGCCACCCUUCCGGCACCGGAAGAUCCAACGGGUCAAACAGUGCCGGUGUAUUUCUGUUAACGUGGCUGAAUCUGGGAAACAGUAAAGCUUAAAGACUAUGGCAGCCUGUCUGGGAUGUUGGACAAAAGAAAUAUAUAAAAUAUAUAUAUGACAAACUUUUUUGUAGAAUUUGGUACCUAAUAUAGGCAGAGUCAAAAGCUGCUAAUAUUUUUGAGAUGUCUGGAGCUGUCCAUAUAAUAGGACCGCUUUUAUUGGUGUAGUUCUUGUCAUGUGUUUUUUUCUUUUGUGUUUGCAUCUAAAGUUUGCAUCUCAAGACUGAUGCUUUCUAAAAUGACAAAAAGACUUGCUGAAGGAGAAGAACAGAACAACACCUUUCUCUAAUGCUGCCUAUAACCACCUGGCCUGUACAUUGUUGGACAGAAAUGCCACCCAUUGGAGAAAAAAAAGCUGCUGAAAAGUAAAGCGCAGUGUCUGAGUUGCAUUUGGAUCUUGUCCUAAUCUGAUCACUCUGCAGCAUCAGACACUAUGUACAAUGCAGAUAUAGCAAACUUUCUUUGCCAGUGUUUUGAGGGAAAUGAGGUGGUGUAGCUGCUGGACUGUCAGUAACAGGACAGGUGGGGACAGAGACUUGAAUUGGCCAAUGAUGCUGCUUGCAGUUACUUCAAAUUAUGCCUUAUUCAAUGAAUAUAACAUGUAUUACUAGACCGAGUUAUAAUAGAGAUUAUAUAUGAUGAUGCUACACUAAAAUGUAUAUAUCUAGAGAAAGAAAUGACCUCUAUAUUAAAAUCUAUUUCAAGUAGAAUUCUGUUUUCGCUUUGUCUUAGAAAAGCCUGGCCAUCAUUAUAUUUCUACACACAUUCACCUUUAUAUUAUUUAGAAAACUGUUCAACCGUGAGGUCAGCUUUAAUCCAUCAAGUAAUGUUAAAUUAACUGACACCUGUAUUAAUCAUUUGUUUCAAUGCUGAUUAAUGAACACCUGCAUUAUUGUUUAUCCUAUGGCAAUGAAAAAUAUGAAUUAAUUUAUACAUUAAAUUGCAGUUGGUUCAUUAGCUGUAUUCAUAACCAAGGUUAAACUGUGCGUUUCUACAGUGACCCAAGUUCAGCUGGUUUUCAGCAUUUAGUAAAAUUGUGAUUUAUUCUUUUCAGGCAAUGAUUGAAUUGGUAGGUAGUUCUGACAGGAAUUCAAUAUUUACUGAAUAUUUACACAAUCAUUAAUAUAUACAAGAGUUAACUACUUUGAUAUUAUUUAUGAUUUAUUAACAGAAACUAGUAAAAAUUUAGUUAAAGGAAUUUUGUGACAUAUUGCCAGUUUUUCCAUGUUAUUUAUACAUGUUGAGUAAUAUUUUAGAGCUGGGGUGUCUAAUCUUAUCCACAAAGGCCCAGUGUGGGUGCAGCUUUUC